AUUGAGGUCAGUGACGUCAUUCUCAUCAUCAGCUGUAGUUCUUCAGUGAGUUUCUCUCAACUCUCAUUAUUAGGCUACACAGGACAAAUAUCACACUUAUUUCAUUUCAAUCAAACAAGCGUCUAAUGGAGGUUUAAAAGUCAUCAUGACAUCUGCUUAUAACUGUGGAUUCUUCCUUCAGAAUGUGCAGAAUUAUGUUGUGGGAUGAUGGAUAACCAACCUCAAAGAACUAGUAAUAUGGCCUCAAGUGAACCUGAACAUUAUCAAUCCAAUGAGGAACCUCAACCCGGUGACCUCAUUGAGAUCUUCAGACCAGCCUAUCAGCACUGGGCUCUUUACCUGGGUGAUGGUUAUAUAAUCAACCUCACACCUGUGGAUGAGAGUCAAGCCACAGCCGUGUCCAGCGUGAAGUCCGUCUUCAGUCGUAAGGCGGUGGUCCGCAUGCAGCUCUUGAAGGAGGUGGUGGGAGGAGAUUCAUACAGGAUCAACAAUAAAUAUGAUGACAAUCAUACACCUUUACCUGUCUGUGAAAUCAUACAGCAAGCUCAGCAUCUCAUUGGACAAGAAGUGUCAUAUGACCUGUUGGGCAGCAACUGUGAACACUUUGUGACUUUGCUUCGUUACGGGGAGGGCGUCUCUGAACAGGCAUCCCGAGCUAUAGGAGCGAUGAGUAUAGUUACAGCAGCAGCGAGUGCUUUCUCAGUGUUGGGACUCAUCAACACACGAUCCAGGAACAGACCUUGAGAAACACUCAACACAUAAACUCAUCUGAAUUAGGUUUGCUGCUAAACUUUUCAUUUAAAUAAACCGACUAUAGACUGCAGUGAAUAAAGCAUCACAGGGAUGAUGGAUUUUUGUUAGCAAAACCACCCAGAAGCGAGACUUGAAAAUUUUGUUUAUCUGUGAAGAUAAUCGUGUUGGACAAAACAUGUCAGUGUCAUAACUUUUGUUAAGCACAGAUUCUUUUUUGUGAUAAUCCAAAAAGUCUAUGGUAUAAUGAAUGGGCUUUUUGACGAGGAAACCAGUGGCCCACUAACGUCCUGGUUGGCCUACAAAAAUACAUCAUCCUUGCGGCACUCUAUUAGCCCAUAGUAUACUUCUUUAUUAUAUUUGUUAACUAUUUAAUAUGAUUUCGCACACCACAAUGCAUUUUUGAGUGAGGCCGCAAUAAGGCAUUUAUUGAAAAGAAUUAUACAAAAACUCAUUUAAAAAAGAAACUAUACACUAUAACCCUAUACACUAGUCUUGUGUGUGGAAAUGGAUAGAACUUUGUAACAAAUAAUAAAAAAAGAGUCUGUUAAUAAUUGUCUCUUUCAUUUCAUUUCAGAAAUAUAUUAUAUACUCUAGUACUAUUCAAAAGAGUUUUUGAAUUAUUCUGAUGUCUAAGGAGGCUUGAAAUAGCUCAAAUAUACUGCCAUAAACAUUAGAAAUGUUGCAUAUUAUUGUUAUUAUUUUAAGUGACUGUAUUUAUUCAGAUUUAGCCUAACCCUAAAU